AUGUUCAAUAGCCAUCCCUCGCCAGCGAUGGCUCUUAUGCUUCUUAGCCUUGUUGUCACGAUUGUGGGAACGACAGCAAUGCCUCUCUCUCCAUAUAGCCAUUUCAUCCGCAGCGAUGUCACUACACCUACCAACCCGGUGCCUCUCCUUACACGUGUCCUCGCGGGAGCAGUGCCAUUGGGGAACCCAGCUCCUACAUUAACCCAGCCUUGGAAAGUCACUAAGACCACUGUGCCAUCCCCAAACGAGCUAUCAAAUGGACACAAUCACCUCUAUGGCGCCGGCCGCUAUCACGAACAAAAACCCGCCGGCGGUGGACGCUGGCAAAGACAAGGGAUAGCUAUUGUAGGGUGGGGUCUGCUUUGCUACUGCGCGGUCAGUGUGUUCCUGUUCAUCUGGCUAUGGGCAACGGGGCUGAUCGACAACUACUUCGGUUGCUUACCUUCAGUCCAGCCCACUAUUCAUGUCUGGGGCCUUCGCCGUGGACACCCACAAGACUCGAGUUACCCGCAUGUCCACAGUACCAUGGCUUCCAACCCUCUAUUUCCCCAUUCUUCUAACCUAACGGCGGGUUCAGAUCCCUCACCGGGUCUUCAAUCCUUAGGAAAUUCUACAACCCUCGUUAGUCCAUAUGACUCUCGUGCGGUACCGGCUCUCAUACCUCCGACUGCGGAGGCCUGGAUCCAAAUGCAUACAGGCCUUGACAGAAUAACAGAGCAGAGGAGACGGCAUCACGAAGCAUUAGAUGUCGAAAUGAGGAGACUAGGAAUGAUAUGACAGGAGCCAUAUCUUUAUCCUGACAAUUUCCAAC